AUGUGCGCGCUCGCGCCGCUGCAGCGAAAGCAGCUGCAGCAGCAGCAGCAGCAGCAGCAGCAGCCGCAGCAGCAGCAGCAACAACAGCAGCAGCAGCAGCCACUGAAGCGAAAGCGCAGCGGCGACUACGACAGCAAAGAUAACGUCGAAGUUGCACAUUCAGAUUCCCUUGCUGCUGCUGCUGCUGCUGCUGCUCCGGGUGACGCAGCAGCGCCAGCAGCAACAGACACAGGGGCAGCAAAGGCAGCAGCAGCAGCAGCACUGCCAGCAGCUCCAGCGGCUGCUGCUGUUGCAGCAGCAGCCGAACAGGCAGCAGCAUCAUAA